CAUCAUCUCAGCAUAAAAGGGCCCGAGAGAGUUCACGAGAGUGGGCAGGAGAAGAAAAUGCGGGGGUAAAGGAUUUUCUAUUUUCCUCUUGGAUCGCCUUCGCUCUCCUCCCUCCUCUAAUGGAAGACCAAGAGGGUCCCACCUCCGCCAUCACUGCCCCCGCCCCCUCGAGCCCACCGUCUCCGCCGCACGAUCUUGGUCCUGACUCCACACCCGUCGGAUCCCCAGACCACGACCACGCCCUGCCCGAGAUUCACGCAGUGCCGUCCGAUGACGAACACGAUCAUGAAGAUCACGAGCACGGCGUCGGUCUAGAUCAGUCGGCUGGGGCCGGCGUUCUCACCGAGGAUCUAAAGAAUAAGAUUAUUAAGCAGGUUGAGUAUUAUUUCAGUGAUGAAAAUUUGCCAACUGACAAGUAUAUGCUGAGCUUCAUUAAGAAGAACAAAGAAGGGUUUGUUCCUAUAGCAGUCAUUGCUUCUUUUAGGAAAACGAAAAAGCUCACCCGAGACUAUUCAUUGAUAGCGGCUGCACUAAGGGAGUCUUCUUUCCUUGUUGUGAGUUCAAAUGGAAAGAAGGUGAAGCGACUCCAUCCUCUUCCACCCACUGAGGUUAGGGAUCCAAAGUUUUACACUGUUUUGGUAGAAAAUCUACCGGAGGAUCAUUCAGCGGAAAACAUUCAGAGAAUAUUUGGUGAAGCUGGAAAUAUCAAGAAUAUAUCAAUUCAUGACCCCCUUUCUGUUGAAGAGUCAUCUAAAGGCAGCAAGCCUGAUAUGCUGAUCAGUAGUAAGUUACACGUUUUUGUGGAGUAUGAGACUGUAGAGGCUGCUGAGAAAGCUGUGGCGACUUUGAAUGAUGAACGGGACUGGAGGAAUGGCAUGCGGGUCAAGCUUCUUAAUCGAGUGGGCAAGUAUGGGCAGAGACGACAAGCAUGGAGGGGAUAUGAUUCCGAGAAGAAUAGCACUAGUCGAGGAUCUGAUCAUACCGGAGAUGAGGAAAAUCAUAACUUGAGCGAGCAUCAUGAUGAUACACCUGAUGAAGAGGAAGGGGAUUAUCUUUCCAAGGAGAGAAAUGGGCAUAGAGGUCGUAAUCGAGGAAGAUCAAGACGGCAGAAUUAUCGUGUCAUCAAUGGGCUAGGCCACGGAAGUACUUCCUCUACUCAUGCUAAUGAAGCUUCAAAGCCACCUCCUGGACCAAAAAUGCCUGAUGGAACUAGGGGAUUCACAAUGGGGCGCGGUCGGCCUCCUGUUGCCAAUCAAAGUCAGCAAGUGUUUUAAUGAGCAGAUGCAGAGCAAUUCUUGUGUUAUGUGCUAUAUUUUUCCAUUCGGUGAUCUGGGUGUUUGAAUGUUGGAUUAUACCUGUAACUCUUGGAAUUAUCAAAUUUUUGUGAUGUCUCCAUGCUUAUACAGUGUUUUUCUUUGGUCA